AUGAAGCUGAUUUGGUAUCUUGUCAUCGGGGUAUUUUGUGUCGUUCAUAACGUGAUCGACAGCGCUCAUUUUCGUGGUGGUAUCAUUUCCUGGCGUCCAUUAAAUAGUACACCAUCAGGCAGCACUGCACAAAUUCUCAUACAUCAAAGAUAUUUCUGGAAUCGAGUAUGGGGUAGUUUCACCCCGCCGUAUUGUACGGAGGCAAAUGUCGCCGCUCAGUCACCAAUUCCAGUUGGCUCUUUUAUGACUUGUUUAGUCAAUUGCACAAGUUCUAAUUAUCCUGGUGGUGGACUUUCAACUAUUAUGACCACAACAGAUUGCCAGACGAAUCCAAUUAUUCAAUCAUGGGCUGGGGAACGAUACGAUUUAUUGACUCUUACUUUGACAACUUCCAUUACAAUAGGUUUUCAGUCGAGUGCAUGGAUGGGCGCCCUAUUCUGGGGCGGCGGAGGUGCAUGGUCCAUUGUCAAUCGAUUGAACUUAGGUUUAAGACCUGAUGGUUAUAUUAACACUAGUCCUGUUACAAAUACAUUACCCGUUGUAUUUUAUCAAAAAAGUGUACCGGUUGUUCACGUUGUGCAAAUGGCUGAUAAUGAUGGUACUGAUAUAUUACAAUGUCGUUGGUCCAAUUCAAAUUCGGGAACAAAUUACAAUCGAGUCGAUGAGUGUGGAGGCGUUUGCAGUGGACUACCUGCAGGAACCAUAUUGACAGCCUCCAAUUGCACACUAUCUUUUACUUUACCAACUGCUAAUCUCUACUAUGCUUGUGCUCUACAAAUCGAAGAUUAUUAUAAUAGUGUUGCUACAAAUCCGAUGAGUUCUAUUCCUAUACAAUUCUUAUUCUAUGCGUAUGUAGCUUCCAGUGGUGCAUGUCCACAACGUCCUCAGAUUAUCGGUGCUCGUCCAAACAGAGCUUGUAUCGGAGUUCCCAUCGGUGUUCAACUGAAUGAAACUAUCAUCGUACAAACAUAUUGUCCUGGCCAAACUAUUGUUGAUUUUGUUACGAGUUCACCGUACGGAAUGACACAUAGUGCUAUCAGCAAUCCAACUGCCAACACAUGGACCAUGACAUUGACGUGGACACCUGUCUCAGCACAAUCUGGUCCUCAAGGCUUUUGCGCCGGUGCAUUGGACAAUAGCAGUCUCCAAUCAGAUCCAUGGUGUAUCACAUACUUAGUUGAUUACACAUCACCAAAUCUCAUUCGUCCUGCAGUUGUACAAGGAACGGCAAGUCCAGUCGGCACUGUCUUUCAAAAUCAGUCCAUGUUUCUCAUACAAGCAACGAGCUUGGUAGGUCGUCCAAGUCGCAAUUCUACCUACAUUUGUUUUAAUGAUGAAGCCACAAAUGUGUCGGUGCUGUGUUACGAUGCUGGAUAUGCAGCCAAUAUCAUCUAUACAGGAUACACAAUUGUCAUUACUACAAACUAUACAUGGACACCGGGUAAAUUCUAUUAUGUUACAAUGGAUAGUGGAUUUGCUAGUGGAAGUGUUUUCUGCCAUGCUGAAUCGGCACCGGUUACUGAUCCUACAUUUUGGCGUUUCAACAUCUGGAAUCCAGCUGUUUCGAGUACGACUACAACAACCACCACACCUUUCACAACUGCAACAGUUACAACAAAACCAACAUCGACAACAAGUAUCAACACUCUCUUGACAACAACUGGUAUUGUCAUAACAACAACUACUCCAAUUACAACCAAUGCAACAACAGCAUCUACUUCACCUCCAACUACAGCUGCUCCAACAACAGCAGGCCCAACUGCUUCAGCAUCGACAACUCAAUCAACAGUUGCUGUCAUGUAUCCAAAAGAUUUCGAAUUGGCAUGUGUGCAAACUAUAGCAUUGAUGACACCGAUUACGUAUGUGAUACUCGCACCUGCUUAUGCUAUGCUAUUGUAUGCUGGACUUACCAAACUCUCGCAUCUGUUCAAUCCGGUGAACAUCAAUGCAAAACGAAGACACAAACUCCGAUUGCAACGCAUUCUUGGAAAUUAA